AUGACCGCCAUCCCCAUACCGUUACCUUUCGAUAAAGGUAGAGAGGGGGAAAGGGAACUUCCUCCUCAUCUUAAUCCGUUCUAUAAUCCUUCUUCCUCUUCAUCUUCCUCCCCAGCAGCUUCCACUUCGUCCACUCCUAUACCCUAUCCUCCUUCUCUACACCCAUCAAAACUCAAUGGUCGACAACCCCUUGGAGGGUCGGAAGAUAACGAUAACGAUAUCGAAGACCCAUCAGCUGGACAGGACGAAGAAGAGAAUAUCUUUAGGGAUAUGAGCUGGGAAGAGAUUCUUGAAGACCUCAAUGCGAGGUUCUUGAUCAACUUGCCAAGGGAGGAGAUGAGUCUGGUGAGAGUUUACUGGCAAGCUGAACAAGCUCAUUGGUUCUACGAGGAUUACCUUCGGCCUCUAAACCCCUUGCUUCCCUCACUAAGUCAACGUAACUUCACCCGAAUCAUCAUCGAGUCUUCGCCUCUAUACGCUUCACUGAUGGCACAACGAGGACUUAGUUAUGAUCAGGUAUGGGAAGAAUACUGUAGCGACAAGAGGAUGGUACCUUGUUGCGGUGGUAUCUUGAUAAACAAGGACGGGGACAAGUGCUUGAUGGUUAGAGGCUAUAAGUCAAGUGCAGGAUGGAGUUUCCCAAGAGGUAAAAUAAACCUUGAAGAAUCCGAGGAAGCUUGUGCUAUCAGAGAGGUGGAAGAGGAAACAGGUUUCGAUCUGACGGGCUUGAUACAUCCUACAGACAAGAUCAAAACGCACAUAAACGCUCAGGAGGUGACCAUGUUCAUCGUCAAAGGCAUCGAUGAGAAUACAGUAUUCAAGACCCAGACUAGAAAUGAGAUUGGCGCCAUUGAAUGGGUAAGAUUGGCAGAUCUCCCCACAUGGAUUAACAAGAAAGGUCCCAAGAAGACGGGUGGUAGUGGUCAAAAGAAGUUUUACAAUGUUACCCCUUUCGUAAAUCCCCUCAAGCACUGGCUCAAAGGUCACGGCAUUGAUCCGUACAUGAAACCCAAGAAAAAGUCACAACCCAUUGCCCCAUAUCGCGAUCUUCAACCUUACCAAUUCGAAUCCCCUUCCUCCCAACCUGCCUCCCCCGUCCCAUCUCGUGGCUCUUCUGCCCUCGAUCACCUCUUCGCUCGGUUCAUACACAAGCAGGAGGAAGAGCUAUCUGCUCCCAAUCAGCAAGCGAUCGUUGGAAGUGAUAACAAGGCCGGUUUGGAAAGACUAUUUGGUAAUUUGAACGUGCUCAAGGAAGAAGAGGAGUCAGUAUCGCAUAGGCACGAUGGAAUAAGUGAUCAAGAGAGACAGAAGAAGGAGGACAAUGAACUGGCACGAUUGCUUGGAGGAGUUGGUAUCGCUCAGACACCCGCACCUGAACCACCCAGACCUACAGCUUCCACACAAAAACAAAGCAAUUUGCUCGCUGUGCUCAAUACUCGCCCGUCUGCUUCGAAUUACUACGCUCAUGCACAACAAGCUCAACCACCAUCUAGCCCUGCUAAGCCACAUCAAGCGAAAUUAUCGUCAAUGAUAUCUCCUAAACCCGCUGGCAUCAUUAACAAUCAAAUCGGCUCGAAACCCGUGUCGUUACCUACUCCUCCCCGUCCUCCGAGCUCGACAGAAGAUGCACAACGCCAAGCCAAAGCUCGUGCUCUACUCGAUAUGACCAUUGCCGGAAUAGGUAUCGAUGUACCUGCCAACACGGCGCAUCAAGUGGAUCACGUCAAUCCUUCUCAUUCUGAUUUCCUUCCUCCUCUGCCCCAGCCUGGUUCUGCUGGACGAAGCAGUAACACCAGCGGCGGUAGUGACACCGGAAUAACUCCUCCAGGCCAAGGUAACAUGCCACCGAUUCAUCAGCCUCCUCCCUCCACCUAUGCCCAUAAUCAAGGAUAUCGUCCAAAUACCCAACCUCCCAUUGGAGGUUAUGGUCCACCCAGACCACCUGCUGGACCGAUGAAUCAUCCUUCCGGCGGAUAUGGCGGAAGUCCUAAUAGAUCUUCCCAGCCACCUCCCCCACCGCCCUACGAGGCAGCUUCUCACCCUCAAGUCCGAAGUGCUACGCUCGACUAUCCUCCUUAUGGCGGAACUGUCAAUUCUGCUCACGAUCAGCGAUCUGGACCUCCUCCAAGUAUGAACGUGAACAUGUAUCAAAGUGGAGUCAAUCCCGCUCGUCCUCCUGGUGUCAUCAACCUGCAGAACUCUCAGUCUUUUCGACCCAAUUCUAAUCCUCUACCUGGUCCUGGGAGUUACGGUGCUAAUUACGGUAAUGGACCUCUUCCACCCCCUCAUCAUCUACCUCCGGGUGGAUUUGUCCCUUCUGGUGGUCCUCCUUAUGCAAAUUACCCUAAUCAUAACCAACCUUAUCAACCCCGACCACCUCCAUUGGGAGUGGGAGUGAAUGGACCGCUCAAUCAACUUAAUCAAGGUGGAUAUCAACCUCCUUUCCCACCUCAACAUUCUCUACCACCCCAAAUACCCUCAGCGCAAUACAACAACAACCAAAGAGGGAGUCCACCCAAACCUCAAAAUUUGAGUAAUCCGAAUGUCUUCCAUCCUGUACCUAGACCACCUCAAGGUCAGGGCGCAGCGCUGUUGGCUAUGAUCAAUAAUGGGAAUAACCAAGGGAGGUGA